AUGAGCAAGUACUUAACAAUCUUUCUCUUUCUCUCAAUUUGCCUAAUUUCAUCAUCAUGGGCUAACAAAAGUCAUGAUAACUUUGUUGAAUGUCUUUCUCACAAAAUUAUCAACUCAACCUUAUUAUCACAAGUCAUCCACACUCCAAAGAACUCAUCAUAUUCAACCAUUUAUAACUCCUUUUUUUCACAAAACCCAAGGAUAACCUCCCACUUCAAACCAUCAAUUAUUUUCACACCUUCGAAUGCAUCACAAAUCCAGGCAGCUAUAUAUUGCUCCAAGGUACAUGACCUACAAAUCAGAAUUCGAAGCGGUGGACAUGACUAUGAGGGACUUUCAUACAUUUCUGAGAACCCAUUUGUCGUAAUUGAUCUUAGAAACCUAAGAUCAAUAUCCAUUGAUACCGAGAAAAGGACUGCUUGGAUUCAAGCUGGGGCGACCCUAGGGGAAGUUUACUAUAGAAUCGCUCAAAAAAGUAAAAAACUGGCCUUUAUUGCUGGGGUUUGCCCUAGUGUUGGUGUUGGUGGACACUUAAGUGGUGGAGGCUAUAGCAUGAUGUCACGAAAAUUUGGUACUGCUGCUGAUAACAUCAUUGAUGCAAAAUUAAUCGAUGCCAGCGGACAAAUUCAGGAUCGAGAAUCAAUGGGUGAGGAUCACUUUUGGGCUAUUAGAGGAGGGGGAGGGACUAGUUUUGGUCUCAUUAUCUCAUGGAAAGUGAAAUUACUUGAUAUUCCAGAAAAGGUAACCGUAUUCAAAGUCACACGAACGUUGGAACAAAAUGCAACUCAACUAAUUUACAAAUGGCAACAUAUCGCGGACAAAGUUGAUGACAAUCUCCUCCUCAGGAUCUUCUUGUGGAAUACUGAAUCUCAACUCAGCCAUGGGAUAAAGACUGUCCACGCCUUCUUCUUUACAAUGUUCAUUGGAGGAGUCGAUGAUCUCCUCCAUGAAAUGCAAGAUAGGUUCCCGGAACUAGGGUUAGUGAAGAAAGAUUGCAUUGAAAUGGGUUGGAUCGAAUCGAUACUCUUCUUUAACAGUCUCCCUAGGGGCACAUCACCUGAUGUGCUACUACAUUGGAAUAGCUCAACUUAUAAUGUAGGAUUCUUCAAAGGGAAAUCAGACUACGUGCAACACCCAAUUUCUAUAAAUGGUCUUGAAGGUAUAUGGAAACUACUCAACCAAUUAUCAUCAAUCAAAAACUCGAACGCCAUGUUAGAAUUUAGUCCUUGGGGAGGAAAGUUGAGUGAGAAAUUAGAAUCUGAAACUCCUUUCCCUCAUAGAGCCGGAAAUAUAUUUAUGAUACAUUAUGGUGUGAAUUGGGGGAAUAUUGAAAAUUCUAAGAGAAACAUAGCUUGGAAUCGAAAACUUUAUCGAUACAUGGCUAAGUAUGUGUCAAAAUCUCCAAGAGCUGCUUAUUUCAACUAUAGAGAUCUUGAUUUAGGAGUGAACAAUAAAAGAAACACAAGCUAUGAACAAGCAAGAGCUUGGGGAGUGAAAUAUUUCAAGAACAACUUUGAUAGAUUGGUGAAAGUUAAGACAAAAAUUGAUCCAACAAAUUUCUUUAGGAAUGAACAAAGUAUUCCUCCUCUAUUAUCUUAA